CGCUCGCUCUCUCUCUCUCUCACCCCUGUCCUUCUUAGUUUUUUCCUUCGCAUCGAAAGUUCGGGAGACUUGACUGAGUCGGGGCCCCAAAAGUCUCGCGCGUCUCUGCCGCGGCGUCGCUUCGGUCUCUCCUCGUACAGACAUCCGACAUGGCUUUCGUUUCGUUCGUUGGACGCCUUCUUUUCGCCUCUGUCUUCCUCCUCUCUGCUUGGCAUGAGUUCAAUGAAUUUGGCGUGGACGGAGGACCCGCAGCCGAAUAUCUGAGACCAAAAUUCGAUGUUUUCUCAUUUCAUCUGUCAACUCACACUGGUGCGCAAGUGCCCAACCAAGUUGAAAUCAAACAUUUAGUGGCGGCGACGGUGGCAUUGAAGGGUAUUGGGGGUCUUCUCUUCAUCUUUGGUUCUUCUAUUGGAGCCUAUUUGCUGCUUCUGCAUCAGGCCAUUGCUACUCCUAUCUUGUAUGACUUCUACAACUAUGAUCCCGAGAAGACAGAAUUCAUUCAACUCUUUUUUAGCUUCACUCAGAACUUGGCAUUAUUCGGGGCUCUGCUCUUUUUCGUAGGCAUGAAGACAUCGAUACCAAAGAGACAACAAUUCAGGAAAAGAGCUCCAAAACCAAAAACUACAUGAGGAUUAAGGACGGAGCCUUAUUACACGUGGGUUUAGUUUCUGAUUUCACCUGACUGUUCCUUGAGGAAACUAGUUAUGUAUGCUGGUAUCUCUGUCUGUAUUUCGGUCUCUCUUUUCAGAAAUUAGGGAAACAAGAUUUUCGGAAAGUAGGAGCUUUUGUUUAUUUUGAGGGGUUUUUGUUUUGUUCUUGGUAUUACUGAGCCAGUUUGUUGUCGACGGUUGGAAGGUAAGUACAUUAUUUUUUGGUAUUUAUUCUAAGGAGCAACUUUUCUAUUUUUCGAUAUGAGAUCUUUAAUUAGUCA